CCCGAUCACUCAUCUCUAAAGUUUGACAAAUUUGGCAUCCAUAGUUCGACCUCUUUUUUCCGUUGCGCAGCAAUCCGACUUUCUGAAAAUGUCCAACGUCCCUGCCAUCCUUAACGCCACUGAGGAAGACCUCCAGCUCCUCCUUAGCGCUCAGUGCCACCUUGGUGCUAAGAAUGCCACCUCUGUCAUGUCUCCUUACGUCUACAAGCGCCGUAACGAUGGUAUCCAUAUCAUCAACCUCGGUAAGACUUGGGAGAAGCUUGUCUUGGCUGCCCGUAUCAUCGCUGCCAUUGAGAACGACAUCGUUGUCAUCUCUGCCCGUCCCUACGGUCACCGUGCUGCCUUGAAGUUCGCCAAGUACAUCACCCGUUCCUUCAAGGAGCCCCGUCUCAUCAUCUCCACCGAUCCCCGCUCUGACUUCCAGGCCAUCAAGGAGGCUUCCUAUGUCAACAUCCCCGUCAUCUCUCUUGCUGACACUGACUCCCUUCUCCAGUUCGUUGAUGUUGCCAUCCCCACCAACAACAAGGGUAAGCACGCUCUCGGUCUUAUCUACUACCUCUUGACCCGUACCGUCCUCCGUCUCCGUGGUACUCUCGAGUACAACCAAGCCUGGGACGUUAUGGUUGAUAUGUUCUUCUACCGUGAUCCCGAGGAAGCUGAGAAGGAAGCUGCCGCUGCCGCUGCUGCUGCCGCUGAAGGCGAGACUGAGUUCGCUGCUGCUCAAGAGUCUGAGUGGGCUGCUGACAUCGCCGCUGAAGGCCCCGCUGCCAUCGCUGGUGCCGCCGACUGGACCGCUGAGACCACCGCUGCUGACUGGGCUGAGGAUGCCAACGCCCAGGCUUCCUCCAGCUGGGACGCAUAAAUUGUUGAUCAUCUAGAAUCAACACUUUUUCAUUAGAUCCACACUGGCGCACUAAACGUUGCGCCUUUUUAGAUUGCUUGCGAAAAUAAAAAAAUCUAUUAUUGUAUUUUGUUGCAUUGGGUUUUGG